AUGCAAGUCCAUGAAGUUUGUGUUAGAUCAAAACCAUUGAACCACAAUUAUUUACGGUUUAUUUGGAUAAAAAAGUCAAGCCUCGUCACAGGAAGUGACAUUUGUCUUGUAAUUUUGUACUAUUUAGUUCAUAACAAGAUCACUUUUGCUUUAUGUUUAAAAUUGAACAGCUUAGUGGUAACGAUUCAAGCUGUGUGGUGCCAUCAGUGUUGGUACCGUUUCAAUUUUGUAGUGCCUCACUGA